UUAGAUAUGAGCCCAGGAAACUAUGUUAAAGAUUGUAUAGAGAGAAAGCGCGAGGUGCGUGUGUUCAUUUCACAUAAAUAAUAAUAGAAAGUAAUAAGGAAAGAUAUAAAGUGCUUAAUAGAUAGAUGGAUGAAAGAAGGCAUGAUUAUUAUGAGAGUGAGAAGAAAUUGAAGAGGUUAUUGAGAAGAAGUGUGCAGUAUGUUGUGUUGGUCUCUUUGUUUGCUUUGUUUGUUUGGUAUUCUUCAGGGUUCUCCAUACUGCCACAGUCUUUGAAUGCUUACUUCUCAACGUUCCUUUUUUUCAAUCUCACUCGCACCCUUCAAAGGAAAUACAUGUUCCUCCUCUGCAAUGUCAUUCUUGCUUUUCUUGCCAGCAACUCACUCUAUGAUGCACCGCUAGUCAAAGGAGAAUGUUAUUAUGAACAAGUAUCAUCAUCAGAAUUGUUAUUAGCUGAUCAAGAUUAUGAACCUUUGUUAGCAGAAACUGAGGAAAGAAAAGAACAUGAAGAAGGAGGAGGAGGGAAAGGAAUUAAUAGCGAAGAAGAAGUGGUUGAAGUUGAAGUUGAGGAUGCAAGAAAGGAAGAAGAAUUGGCGAAUGCAGAUGAACUGAACAGAAAGUUUGAAGAGUUCAUAAGGAAAAUGAAGGAGGAGAUCAGGAUUGAAGCUCAAACUCCCCCGAUUGCAGUAUAGUUAUUAAUUAUUUCUCAUAUUCGUCCCAUGUAUGUGUUGCUGUUCAUCACUGAUGAAUAACUCUUUUCCUUUUAUUACAAUGUUGCGGAUAUGUCA